CUUAACCUGAAAUAUAAAUUAGUUUAUUUACUUUCAUCACUCACGUGGUUGUCAUUAUACUUUGCAAUUAAAAAUAAUAUAUCGUUUUUUAAAUUAUAAAUUUGAUUUAAAAAUAAUUAGUUAAAUUAAAAAUUCAAAUAAUUUUACUAUCCAAAAAUGAGCGUUGAAGAAAUGAGCCCAGAAAAUUCCUCCGAUGACAGCGAGCGUGAAGAUUCUGAAAUGGGUGACAGUGAGACAGAAUCAAAGGAGGCAGGUUCAAAAUUCAACGGAAAUCCAGCCUUGGCUGAUGUCUUCCGUAAAAUAUUAAAAACAAACAAACCCAAGAAGAAGAAAACUCUGGUGCUGUCACGUGCAAAAAAACUAAACGAGAUAAAACCAAAAGAAUCUGCGACCGAGGCUGAUGCUGGUGCCGAUGCUAAGACUGACGACAAAAGCGAAGUAAAAAAAUCUAUAGAAGAUCCAGAAAAGAAAGAAAAAAAAUCUAAACAUCUUUCCCUCAGAGUUAAGCCAUCAGUGCUAAGUCGCGGGCGCGAAAGGACUUUGCAGAAGAUCGCCACCAAAGGCGUAGUCCAGUUAUUUAAUAUCGUGUACAAACAGCAAAUGGAAAUAGAACAAAAGCUAGAAGAUGCUGGUCCACUGAUGCGUAAGCAAGAAAAAGUCCUCGAGAGUAUUGACAAAAAUUCAUUUUUAGACCAUCUUAUGGGUGGUACCAAAAGUAUAACGACUUAAUCGCCAGCGCAUGUAAAUAUUUAAUGACUUAUUUAUAAUAAAAUUUAUUUUA